UGUAGUCGUUGAUUCCGAUAUUGCCGCGACACGAUUUCUCUUGACUUCUGGAUACUGGAUAUCGAAUACUAAAUACUACGGGUACCCUACUUGUUCAUUAUUUCUCCGUGUGGCACAGUCCACUGCGCACCCCCCAGCGAGGUCGCCCGCCCAAUGAGAGAGUCUUCACGCUUGCUGUCUCUGCGCUCCGUUCCAGCUGUUGGUCCUCGAUUUGAAAUAGCACUCUCUCCCUCCUCGAUUGGCUUUCAACAUGAGCAACAAACUCCCUGAUUCUGACCAGCAAAAGGGUAUUUCGAAACCGGGUACACGCCAGACUAAGAAAGGUUUCAGGGACCGUUUUCUCAAAGCGAUUCGGCCCGACUCGCCACCUCCAGCUUCCCGGGUCAAAAGUAUCCCCCGAUCCUCACACCGUAAGGUGCUGCAAGGUCAAGGUGACAAGCACGCAGAAGAUGCCCAGAUCGCUAGUUCCUCUGCUUCGGCCGCGCCCGCAGAGGCAGAGCUGAUCAAUGUUCAAGAUAGACAGAGGAUGACAGUGGAUUCAUACAAAGACAAAGACAUGUGGGCAAGAGCUGAAGAAGAAUUGCGGAGAGACGCCCAGAAGCGCGAGAAAAUGGAAAAAUACGACCGUAUCCUUGAAGAUUAUUUCGCAUCUAAACUAAAGCCCAUUGGGACCUUGGAGAGACGGGAACAAUUUUUAGGCUUCCUCAGCUUGGAAAUCGAAAAACUCAACAGGGCUGAUAGCGAGAUUCUGCCUACGAACAAGGCCAAACGAUUCUUCAGAAGUGCUGUCGAAUCCAUCAUUGCCUCCAAGGGCAUCAUCACCGCAGCAACAGCUCCCUGUCUUCCUGCUUCAGUGGCAUGUGCGGGUGUGGUGGUUCUUUUGUCGUUCUGUGUUCAAGCUGCAGAUCAGCGACACGUUCUUUUGGAUGGCUUAAAUGCCAUCUCUGGCUCAAUCCGUCGUCUUGCCGAGUACGAGGCUCUCCUCUCAAAGGACGACAAUCAGCAAGUUGAAGAAGUCCAGAUCUUGAUUACCGUUGCCUGCCGCAAUAUUAUUGAAUUUCAAACCCGGGCAGUCUGUUUUCUGCAGCUCAACCCAGUCGAGAGCAAAAUCCGCAACAUGUUUAAGUGGGAUAGAUGGGAUGAGUUGCUGUUGGCAAUCAAAGACGCCGAAGCCAAGAUUCAAGGUUGCGCAGAGAGAAAGAGCCUGAACGUCAUUUGCAAUAUCUUUAACAAGCUUGACGAAGUCAAGACUGAGCUUAGAGGUACAAUAGACGAAGGUUUCUCGAAGGUGGCAGCGACACAGGAGGCAAUCGCUCGGAAAAAAAGUGCGAGUACUUUCCUCCGGCUCUUGUACAACAAGGCAUGUCCCUAUGAGGGCAGCAAAAACAGAAACCGUGAGCGAGUCACAGGUACAUGCGAUUGGUUCACCGAUCACGACUUGUUCAAGGGGUGGAAUUCGCCAACAGAGAAUAUUCACAAGACGUCAGGUGUUCUCUACGUCACAGCAGAUCCGGGCUGUGGCAAGUCUGUUCUAUCCAGGUAUCUUGUCGACCAGAUCCUUCCUGACGACGGGCGAACGGUGUGCUACUUCUUCUUCAAGGAUGACUUUGAGGACCAGAAGAGCUCCCUUAACGCCGUCUGCACUCUCCUCCAUCAGCUUUUUGAUCUGAAUCCCCACCUUCUGACGGACACCGUUCUUUCCAGGCAUGAUGGCCGAGGGGAAAAGUUUGUCGAGUCGUUUCCUGAGCUAUGGAAUACAUUUGUCGAUGCAGCUAGCUGCCGAGAGACUGUUUGUGUAAUCGAUGCUCUUGACGAAUGCCGAGACUCCGACAGGAGAGAGCUUAUUGACGCCAUCACUGGAACUCAGGUCCCCAAUUUGAAGUUCUUGGUAACCAGUCGACCAUACGAGCACAUACGCCGUGAAGUCUGUCGCAAAAGGAAUACUCAAAUCCCAUUGAUUCACCUACAGGGGGAUCGUGGACCCACAGCAGACGCGAUUGUACAGGAGAUUAGGCUGGUUGUGGAAAGCCGGGUUGAUGAAACCGCGGACCUUUUCAACCUAGAACCUGAUGAGCGGGAACUAAUGAAAACCCAACUGGAGUCUGUUCCAAACAGAACUUAUCUGUGGAUCACUCUCGUUUUCGAUGGCUUGAUGGACAGCAAACGUGGCCUCGACAAAAGCGACAUUAUGGAUUUAACAAGGAAGCUCCCACAGUCCGCUAACGAUGCUUAUGAGAAGAUCUUGAUGAAAUCCCUGGAUCCUGGAGAGGCAAGGAGACUUUUGCAUGUCAUCUUAGCCGCAAAAAGACCGUUGUCUCUAACGGAGAUGUCGAUUGCAAUGGCAUUCAAAGGUGUAGACUGCGAACGACAGCGUACCUCUGCCGAAGGCAGGAUCAUACCAGAGAGCAGAAUGAGGGGACAUCUUCGAGAUAUUUGUGGUCUUUUCGUCGCCGUCGUCGAUAACAAAGUCUACUUGCUCCACCAGACGGCAAGAGAAUUCUUAAUCCGAGAUACAACAAAAGAUACGGCUGAGGAGUGGGAAGCUCUCGAGCUUUCCGGAGACGCCCGCACGGAAGAUGGUCCUGGAUCAUACCUCUGGAAGCAUUCCAUAGAUCCGGCAGACUGCAACUCGGUUCUAGCAGAAACAUGUAUCCAGUACCUGCUGUCGGAAUUAGUGAAGAAAAAUGCUUCAAUGCUCGAAUACUCAGCCACCUACUGGGCAGAUCACUACCGCCAGUCAAAGGAAGGUUAUCAGGAGGCAGCAAAAGGACUGACACGGAAUCUCUGUCUGCCAUCCGAAACACGCACAACGUGGACUGAACUGCAUAACAAGCACCACCCCAACAAUAUUACCAUUCCUAUGACCGGGUCCCCACUAUGUCUGGUAUCCGCUCUGGGACUCGAGAAAACUGUAAAGAUGUUUUUGGAUGAUCAGGACUCUGCUAGCGGCCAUCUUCAAAACGGAAUUGACUCGAAGGACCGUGAGAAGGGUCGGACACCACUCAUGUGGGCGGCUGCAAGUGGGUUUGUGGCUGUGGUCAAGCUACUACUCGAGAAGGAGGCUAAUCUAGAGGUUAAGGAUUAUAAUAGCCGGACGCCUCUCUCAAAUGCUGCCUACUACGGACAUGAGACGGUGGUCAAGCUACUACUCGAGAAGGGGGCUGACCUAGAGGUCCAGGAUAAAAUUGGCCGGACACCUCUCUCAUGGGCCGCCUGUGACGGAAAUGAGGUAGUGGUCAAGCUGCUACUCGAGAAGGGGGCUGACCUAGAGGUUAAGGAUGAUAUUGGCCGGACGCCUCUCUCAAAUGCCGCCUUCUACGGAAAUGAGACGGUGGUCAAGCUGCUACUCGAGAAGGGGGCUAACCUAGAGGUUAAGGAUGAUAGCGAGGAGCGACCUGCGCUGUUAAUCGAGAAGACAAAACUCCAAGAAAGCAUCAUGGCGUUUGAGUUCCCCGACCACUAUGGCCAGCGAUUCACGCCGACACUCCACCACCAGGCGGAGGGGCCGACAUUGCCAGAGAACAAUCGCCGUUCGCCGUUCGUCGUGGUCGUUACUGGCGCGGGCAAGGGCCUAGGUGUCUACAUAUCGCUCGCGUACGCGCGCGCCGGGGCGACCGGCAUCUGCAUCUCGAGUCGGACGCAGAGUGACCUCGACGCGCUGGAGAAGCGGUUGAAGGAGGUCAACCCGAAGCUGGAGGUCCUCUCGGUGAUCUGUGACACGGCGAAACCCGAGGCGGUCAAGGCGCUCGCGGACCAGGUGCGCGGGAGGUGGAACGGGAGGUUGGACGUGGCCAUUGCGAACGCCGGGGUCAUUUCCCAGUACCUCUACGACACGGACCCCCGGACCGGGGAAAAGACCAACCGGCGCCUGCCCCGGGGCAUCAUCGAGGACGACGACUUCCAGCGCGUCAUCGACAUCAACGUGCUGGGCAGCUACUACGUGGCCAAGUACUUCACGCCGCUGCUCGUCGCGCCGGAGAACCCGAGCACGGUCCGGGGCUACGUCGUCCUCACCAGCCUGGCGUGCCAGCUGACCGAGAGCAGCUUCGUGCCCACGGCGUACAACGUGGCGAAGCUCGCCAACGUCCGCAUGGUCGAACACAUGGCCACGGACCACCGGGCCGAGGGCCUGUUGGCCUUUGCGGUGCACCCGGGCGCGGUCCUGACGCCGCAGACCGAGAACCAUUCGACGCAGAAGGGCGACGCCUGGGACACGCGCUUGACCGAGGACAUCGGGCUGUGCGGCGGCUGGCUGACGUGGUUGACCCGCGAGAGGAGGGAGUGGUUGAGCGGGCGGUACCUCGCCGUGACGUGGGACGUGGACGAGCUGGAGGCCAUGAAGGACGACAUUGUACGCGAGGACAAGUUGAAGUUCAAGAUGGCGGUUUAG